ACAAAACAAAUUAUAAAUGUGGAGUUUUGUUGUCGCCUAAUUUUGAUUUGAAAUAUUUACUUUUCCCUCAGAGGAGAAGUUUUCUCUCGUCUCUCAGAACAUCUCCUCAGCAGCAGGAAGUGACAUCACACACUGUGACACACCUGUGGAGCCUGACUCCACCUCCAGCUUGCUGCCCUCUGCACCUCCAUCUGAGACUCCGCCCUCCACCGCCUCCUUCGUCACCACGCCAGACUCCGCCCCCGACCGAGACACAGUUCUGCCAGUGAUGCUCACACCUGUCGGCGUCAUGGGAACGGCUGCUCAGAGACACGCCCUCCUACAACCUGCUAGGGGGCGGGGCUCGUUUGACGAUAUCAGCCCCGAACUGCCGCCAAAGAAGCCCCUCCUUCUGCAGGAGAGAGGGGCGGAGCCAGAGGAGGAGGGGGCAGCAUCAGAGGGGGUGAGGAGGAGGAGGAGACAGAGAGGAGCCCGCAGCCUCCCCCCUCGACUCCUCCUCCUACCUCUGCAGGGGGGGGGCAGGGCUCUCCUCCUCCAGCUGAAGGGGCUCAGAGAGGCUCCAUCCCCUGUACAGGUAGGAACAGAAGGGGGCGGAGCCAGAGCCCUGUGGAGGUCGGUGUUCUCUGGAAACAGGAAGGAGAAGAAGUGGGGCGGGACUUUACCUGCAGAGAGGGUGAAGAAGGACCCAGCCAAUCAGAGGAGAGCUGCAGACGCGAGAGGAGGUCUGACAGAAGAGUCGGAUCUGGACUCAUCGGAUCUGCUGCAGAGGUGUUCGCUGAAACCCAGAAACAAUAGACGCUCUCGGAAGGACAGAGUCCCCCUCCAGGACUCUGAAGGACGGUCCUCUUGUACCACAGAAGUGGUGGGGGUCCUGGUCCAGCCGAAGGAGCCGUCUAGUCUGAGCGUAAAGGAGGAGACCAUGUUCCAGAGGGGACGAGAGGACGAAGACCUGGAUGCCAAAAUCACCCGACGAGUUCAGAGAGCUGUUAGAAGAAAGGCCAAACAGGAGCAGCUGAAGAGACUCCACAAAGCUCAGAUGAUCCAGAGGCAGCUGCAGCAGGUGGAGGAGAAACAGAGACAGCUGGAGGAGCGAGGAGUGAUGGUGGAGAAAGCUCUGAGAGGGGAAGCAGAUUACUGGGGAGACGACAACGACGGGCAAGACAUCGAACUUCACCUGGGAGGUUAGUUCACCUGGUAGUAGUAGUAUCACUAUAGUAUACUAAAGCAAAGUACAUUAUACUGCAGCAUGUGAGGGGCAAUACCAGACACAUUGUACAUUACAUGGUUGUGAAGACUAACUGUUUGGGUUGGAGACUAACUGGUUGGGUUGUAGACUAACUGGUUGGUCUGAAGACUAACUGUUUGGGUUCCAGACUAACUGGUUUGGGUUCCAGACUAUCUGGUUGAGUUGCAGACUAACUGAUUGGUUUGCAGACUAACUGG